UAUAUUCUAUAAGCACCAUAGAGCUGUUAUGGUCCAGGGUCUGCGUGCUUGUCGGUGAGCCCCUCCCUCCCUGCGGAGCCGCUGUUGUUGUCCUCCAGCCCAUGUGAACCGGGCGGGGGUCGAGUCGUGUGUUCAGACCGCAGUCAGACGCAGACAGCUGCUGGUGAGCCUGCGGUGUAUUUAAAGCUCCGGGGAAAGCGGAAGUCUGGCCCCUGGUGUGUGUGUGUGUGUGUGUGUGUGUGUAAUCAGCUGAGCGCUGCUAGCUGCUAGCUGCUAGCACCGGGCUCGCCGCUCGUCUCGUCCGCCCGCUGGCUUCACUGCACUUUGUCUCGAAUGCACUCGGCUGAAGGCGAGGCGAGGGGGAGAAUGCGAGGAGGACACUGGGUGAUGUCUGCUGUGCUGGAACACUGCUGAGCGACAGGACGACACGGGAAACGAACCCUUCCCAGCCUGUGGGAGAGCAGAGUCGGUGCUGUCUGCUCCCUCUCUUUUCCCUCCACUGUGACAGUCGCUUCCAUCCGGACAGCCAGUGUCCGGACAUCGUAACCAUGACGACAGGUGGGUGUUGCCACCUGCCCGGCUCUCUGUGUGACUGCGCCAGCAGCACGGGUCUGUGGAAAAGCGUGGAGGAGGCGGGUGGGGACGGGUGUCAGGCGCUCUAUGUCACCCAGGUGACAGCCAUCGAUGGACGCCUGCUGUCCUCUGUGCUCAAACCCAUGGGCACACAGAGCGACGGCCCCAUAUGUCGUAUUUGCCAUGAAGGAGGCAACAGUGAGAGCCUCCUGUCCCCCUGUGACUGCACCGGCACCCUGGGGGCGGUGCACAAGAGCUGCCUGGAGAAGUGGCUGUCGUCUUCCAACACCAGCUACUGUGAGCUCUGCCACACGGAGUUUAGUAUCGAGCGCCGGCCACGGCCGCUCACAGAGGUAACAAAGUGGCUGCGGGACCCCGGCCCUCGCAACGAGAAGAGGACCCUGUUCUGUGACAUGGUGUGCUUCCUGUUCAUCACGCCCCUGGCAGCCAUUUCAGGCUGGCUGUGCCUGAGGGGCGCUCAGGACCAUCUUCAGCUGGGGAGCUGGCUGCAGGCUGUGGGCCUCAUAGCCCUCACCAUCGCCCUCUUCACCAUCUACGUUCUCUGGACCCUGGUGUCGUUCCGCUACCACUGUCAGCUGUACUCCGAGUGGAGAAGAACGAAUCAGAAAGUACGUCUGCUCUUACCUGACGCGAAGGAGCCUAACUCUUCCCAGCAUUCUUUGCUCUCUACUAAACUGAUGAAGAAGCCUGCCAAUGAGAGCAUAGUAUGAGACCAAACGGGAUUGGUCAAUGGUUAUGUGUGUGUGUGUUGGGGGGCUGAUUCCCUUUUUUAUUGUUGCUUUCCACAUUUUUUUUUCAUCGCCCCAUCUGUACCUAUUUUCUCACCUCACAUUUUUCAAAAAUGUGUCCCUGUGUGGGUGCAGAACUGAGCACAUUCACACUGGCUGUUGACAAAGCUUAUGCAAAGACACUGAAGAAUGGAACAGCACGGCAAAGUGAGCAGAAACAUGGCUAGUGGAAGAUGUGAUCCUAACAAGUACGGGAUGGACUGAACCAACUUGUUUAGGACUGUCAUUUGUUCUGAUGGUUGUUGUGCUUGAUCUCAACAACCCACUGAUGGUUCACAGACGACUGCAGAAAUUCCCACCCUCCAGAUUCAAGUCAUAUCUGGGCUUCUUUACUUAGGUCUUGUGUUCUCUGCACAGCGUUGGCCACUGAGGAACUAUUCAAGCAGUUUGAAGCAAGGCUUAGAUCUUUGAUUUAUUCACAUUCGAUGCCAGUUUGUUGUCAGAGAUCAAACUUUUUAAGUUGAGCAGAAGUCUCCUGGACAUCUGUCGGUGUUUCCUCUGCCUCUGCAGCAUAACAUUCGUAAAGCCAGAGAUUGUGCAAUAAAAACACUGGACAUUGAAGUCGUCACAGGACACGAACAGACCUCCAUCAACAUGCACAGUCAUGCAUGCGACCACUGUUAAUCAAUUUUUUUUUUUUACUGAUAAUGUAUUAUGACGUCAUUUUUUAAAACCACUAAAGAAUGAACAGAUUUACUAUUCCUACUGACGUAGGGUUUAACAGUGUCCUCGUAGAGGUUCUUGUAUUAUCAGCACUUAACAAGUAGGUCUUUAUAUUCAUAUAGAUUUGAGAGAAAACUCCCAUCAAAAUGGCUUUUAGAGGAACAUUCUUCAUGAGCAUUGUUCGGUGGCUGGUGCAAUGUAUGGACACAUGGUUUUUGAUGGCUUGUUGAAGAACUUCACUGUUUUGUUUUUAUAGCAACAAGUAUUUCUACAUGUGUAUGUUUCAUGUUACCAUGUUCACAACAAUCAGGGAACGUCUUGCAGGCUUUUACCAUUGUCAGGUCAUGGUCGAACAUUUUUGGUGCUUCUACCAGUCUGACAUGAAAUUAACUCACCAACAAUGACUCUUGGUGGACACAUUAUGCAAACAUCACUGAGGCCAAAUCUGACUACUUUUGUGGUUUCUUCGAAGCAGGCCACCAGAUGCUCACAUGCUCGUCUAAGUCCUUUUGAUGGAUGUUGUCUUUUUGGGUGGGUUGACAACUUUCCCUUGUUACUUUGUGAUGUUACUGACCAGAACCAGCUUGUACCGACUGUGUUUGGGAAAGCAGAGAGAGAGUUCACUUCCCUCUUGUACAUAGUUUGGUGCAGUUUAUGUCGCUUAUAGUGGCUGAUGAUAGACCAGCCAGAGAUGAUCUUCUCUGCUCUUGUUUCUAGAUUUCCGUGUGACAAUGUGGUCCACUUUUCAACAGGGUUUUUUCCUUCAUUCCAUUUUAAUUGGGUGAUGCGGAGACGGUUAAUUGCCAGUUGAACACACUGUGAAUCUUCGACAGGGUGAGAAGCUUGAAGAUGAGAACCACAGUGACAUUUGAAGAACCAUGUUUAACUGACAUGACUCGUGUACCCGUUGGAGGCCAUAGAUGCAAACACAUUGGCUUUCAGAACACGUCAUUAUCCUCUAAGGGGACGUGCAGGUGUUAAGCCUAGAGUUCAGUAUUAUUGUGCUAAUCUUUUUGUUUUGCUUCAUUAAUAGCUGUGCAAUUCUUUUGGAUGCAAUUUAAAAUAUAUAUAUAUAUAUAUAUAUAUAUAUAUAUAUAUAUACACACACACCUUGGGUGUACUACAAAGGUGGCAUUUAGCCCAAUAGUGGAGUUGCAGACGUAGCUUCGGCACUUUGUCUUAUUAUUGUUUCAAUCAACAUACUUUGAUCAUGCUUUUCCUUCAUUUUCUAUAUUUGUAGGCCCAAAAGUCCAGUGGUCUGGAUUUUUUGCACACUUGCGUUGAUAAUACCUUUUUUAUUUAAAAUAUAUAUAUAUAUAUUUAUAUAUAUAUGUACUUAACAACAAUCAGGCUUGAACAAUGUGUUUAAACUUAAACUGGUGUGUGUUCGUGUGGCAGUGUCACAAAGAUGCAGAUGCGCUCUGCAGCGUCGCGUCCGCAUCACAAACAACACGUGGAAAGAGUCUGUUAUCAGGAGGAAACCCGGAGCAUGUCCGACACCUUUUCAAAACAAAUGUCGGUUUUAAUCCCCUUUCUCUUAAAUCCCCCCUGCUCUGUGUAGACUGUCAUACUGCAGAAAACUUGUAAUCUGGAAUGACAGUACAGGUUCCGUGGUUUUGUUGUGCGACAGCAGGCGACAUGUUUGGUGGGAAACUGAGACCACGUCUGUUUGUAUGCAGAUUAUCGGGCAUUAACCAGUGACCAGUGGCUAUUAUUGCCUUGCCCAGGCCACUUCACUGGACUAACGUUACCCAUCAUUUGGCUUAUUGUGGGAUGUCCCACAUUCUGCCCCAGUUAAUCUUCUGUUUGUGUUUUUAAUUGAUCAAGGAUUGUAUCCUGCAAUGCUGCGGCGCACCCGGGGGGCUCACCCGCCUUAUGAGUCAUUUGAUCCUCCAUGUGUUUACUGUUUGUCAUAAACAAGGCUUUACUCCAACCAUCGGGAUCUUAUCGGGGCUCUGGUUUCAAAGGGGCGCAGCAAUUCGAAAUGACUUGAAAACAAGAAAUUGAAUUCCAAAGUGAAUGCAGAUUUUGUUUUGUAUUGGAAAUAUGGGAAAUUAUGCAACACCACUUUCUUGUUUGGCUACCUGCCUGUCCCAAGUCCGAGUUGUCAGAGCUUCAUGAAACGGAUCCUCGUCUCUCCAAAGAGUUUCAUAACACAUUUACCAUAAUGUUGCAGUUACUUCAUAUAGAUUCAAACCCAGAAAGGGAUUUUAAAUCAUUGUUUUCCUUGUUUAUUACACCAACAUUUUGAUGUUACGUAUGUUUUUAUGUUAUGUAACAUUUUUGUAAUAUUUUAAUUCUACAUGUCUAUUUCCGGGGGUGGGUGUGUGUUAAUGUGUAUCAUUUGUUGCAGUUCAGUGGUCACACUUGCCAAUACUAAGAGGUUUGUGGUGUGCUGUGGAAAAAAGAAAGAUGACUUCACCAAAAUCCCGGUACCCGCAAUCAGCCAAGAAUUGUUUGCAAAGCAAAUUAAAAAAAUGUUGAUAAAUUA